CUUCACCCUCUCUCCUCUCGAAAAAACGCACUAAAUGUAAUAAGAAGUGUCCGCGCGCUUCUCUGACGCCUGUCUUGUUUUGCCGCACAUCUGUGGGCUGCUGCCGGCACACAAACUCGCUGUUAGUCCGCUUGUUUGAACGCAGCAAACUGUGAGGAGAAGGAGGAGAAAGAGGGAAAACUCUGGCUGCGCUGUUUUGGAGUUGGAGUUGCUGCGUAAAGAAGAAGAAGAAAAGUCCGAGGCAACUCCAGAGGCACAUCUGCAAUUCAAGAAGAGAAGCAGAAAGCUUUAUUUUUUUAAACCCAAAGAAGAUAUAAAGUGAAGAGUUGAAGGGGGAAUCAUCCAGGAAGAAUUGCCCUGUCUCCAUGAGGUCUUAAGGAAUGAACAAUCACCAUGGAGACCCAGUCCCAGGCCAGUUCUGCAGCUGAAAAGAAGAAGAGGGUAGAGACCAUUGUUGCUACAAAGGGCUCAUCUGCACGCACUGACAUCAGUGAGAAGGCAGUGGCCUCCAGUACGACCUCAAACGAAGAGGAAAGUUCAGGCACGCCGUACCACCGCGAGAGGCGCAAUGCCAUCAGUUCCCAGGCUCAGACACACGGUGCUCUCGACAGGAGCGCAAACGAGGAGCCCACCACUUCCACAGAGGACCACCCGUCCCUGCUCAAGAAGGAGCUGCAUGGCUCCCUGCCUCAUCUGACCGACCAUGCCUUGCCGUACAGGGGCACACUGUUCGCUAUGGACCACCGUAAUGGCUACUUAGACUCACACUAUCCUGCUCCACAGUUCUUUCCCACCUUCCAUCCCCCUGUGCCAAUCGACGACAGACACACCCAGGGACGCUACAUCUAUGAGCCAUCCCCCAUUCCCCCACUUCAUAUGAUCAAAGGAUCGCCUCACACGAGUCUGACAGCAGAGUACUACCAUCCGAUGGCUCUGCUGGCGAGCCACCGCAGCCCGUACACGACCGACCUUCUCCCGUCUGUGGCAACUGCGGCCGGGGCCAGCAGCGCCAGUGCCCUGCACAUGGAGUAUCUGCAGGCAAUGGAAAGUUCCCGGUUCUCAAGUCCAAGGCUCCCAGUACGGCCCAGCAGGAAACGGCCCCUGCCCAUCUCGCCCCUCUCUGAUCACAGCCUCGACCUGCAGAACAUGAUCCGUAACUCACCCACCGCCAUUGUCAACCAGCUGAUCAACAACUCCCGCUCCAGCUCCUCCACCAGCGGCUCCUAUGGUCACCUCUCCGCUAGAGCAAUCAGCCCGGCGUUGAGCUUCGCCUACCCUCCAACUCCAGUGGCUUUGCACGUGCACCAGCAGCUGAUGGGACGUCAGCCGGGCAUCAUGGGCUCUGCCUUCGGUCACAGUCCACCCCUAGUCCAACCGACACCGGCUUUCGUCACUCAGCGACCCAUGCCUGGAAUCCCCUCAUCCGGGCUGAGCGUCAGCGAGCGCUCGGCCAUCUCCAACGACUCGUCACAGGCCAAGCCCACGAGUGAAUCGGCUGUAAGCAGCACGGGCGACCCGAUGCAUCACAAGCGGUCCAAAAUGAAACCCGAGGAAGAGCUGCCGAGCCCAGGAGUGGUGAGCGUACAGGACCAUCCUGAUGGGAUGACAUUGGUGAAGGAGGAAGGGGACAAGGAUGAGAGCAAACAGGAGCCAGAGGUGGUUUACGAGACAAACUGCCACUGGGAGAACUGCUGCCGUGAGUUCGACACCCAGGAGCAGCUGGUACAACACAUCAACAAUGACCACAUCCACGGAGAGAAGAAAGAGUUUGUGUGCCGAUGGGAGGAAUGCUCCCGAGAACAGAAGCCCUUCAAGGCGCAGUACAUGCUGGUAGUCCACAUGCGCAGACACACUGGGGAAAAACCACACAAGUGCACAUUUGAAGGCUGUACCAAGGCAUACUCACGGCUGGAAAACCUUAAAACUCACUUACGAUCCCAUACUGGUGAGAAACCAUAUGUGUGUGAACAUGAGGGCUGCAACAAGGCUUUUUCCAAUGCUUCAGAUCGAGCGAAACAUCAGAACCGGACACACUCCAAUGAGAAACCUUAUGUGUGUAAAAUCCCGGGCUGCACCAAACGCUACACAGACCCUAGCUCCUUACGUAAGCAUGUAAAGACAGUACAUGGGCCGGAGGCACACGUCACCAAGAAGCAGCGUGGAGAUUACCCACGCCCACCACCACAGCCACGGGAGCCUGGGGGCAACAGCCAGGGCCGGUCGCCUGGGCAGCUGCCCCUGGGUGGGUAUACAGACCAAAGGGAGUACAACCAUGUUACCUCAAAACAAGAUGAAUGUCUGCAAGUGAAGUCUAUCAAGACUGAAAAACCCAUGACGUCUCAGCCAAGCCCUGGCGGUCAGUCUACAUGCAGCAGUGUCCAGUCCCCCAUCAGCACCUAUCCCAGCAGUGGAGUCCAGCUUGCUGUGAGUGCCGGACGCUCGCCAGGGAAGGGACUGGAGGAAGACGAGGAGGAGGAAAAUGACGAGGAGGUAGAGGAGGGGUGCGAGAGGGAGCCGGCCCCCGUCAUGGACUCUACGGUCUCCACCGCAACCGCAGCCAUGCUGACCUUGCAGGCAAGGCGAGGCAUUGGGCGCCCCCAGCGUUGGAUGGAGCACAUGAAGAUGGAGAGGCUGAAGCAGGUGAAUGGAGCGCUGCCCAGGCUGGGGUCCCUGUCACCCACACCACCCCCAAAAGGUUCGGCAGUGCCAAACAUCUUGGGGAAGGGGUCCUGCCUGGGCAUGCAGUGGGGGGUGUCUGCUCCUCAACCACCUGCUUACUCUGAGCUGGGCAGCACAGAGCUAACAGUGCUCAGUUUGAUCAGAGACCGGCGCGACAGCAGUGGCAGUGCCACCAGUUCAGCUUAUCUGAGCAGCAGCAGACGAUCUUCAGGCAUCUCCCCGUGCUUCUCCAGUCGCCGAUCUAGCCAGGCUUCCCAGAGCGAGGGCGCAACAUUGGCUGCCAAUCACCGUCGCAUUCAUAACCUCAGCUCCACUGACUCUUACGACCCCAUUUCCACUGAUGCCUCCCGCCGGUCCAGUGAGGCUAGCCAGUAUGGAGGUGGGAUAGCAGGAGGAGGUAUAGGGAUAUUCUCAGGUGGGAGUUGUGGAGGCUUAGGAGGAGUUGGCAUUGGGGGAGGAAGUGGAUCACGGGGCAUGCUCAAUUUAACCCCAGCACAGCAUUACCACCUUAAAGCUAAAUAUGCAGCAGCUACUGGUGGCCCACCUCCCACACCUCUACCUAACAUGGAGCGCAUGAGUUUGAAGACUCGAAUGGUCAUGAUGGAAGAGGGCGACAACAACUGCUGUUUGCCACCUUUAGUUAGACCACCUCAUUACAGUGAAGGCAAUAGUGGGUAUAACAAUGGGGGUAUGGGACAUGUAGGUUACAGAAGAAGGAUCCUCUAUCCUGGCGAGGGGCCAAUGAAUGGGAUUCGUAGAGCUAGUGACCCUGUGCGAACACAGGCUCCUGAAACUUGCAGUUUGCCUCCAGUUCAGCGCUUCAACAGCCUUAAUAAUCUCCACCCUCUUCCCCCUCUGACUCACCAUUCUACACCUGAAUCACGUAAUUUUAGCCUACAGAACUAUACACGAAUGGAGUGCAACAUUCAGAACUCGUCAAACACUUCUAGCAUUGCAGAAAAUGUAGCCUUAGAAGCUCUGGCCAUGGAGAAUGAAGACGAAGCUAGUCUGUUUCUUGAGGAUGAAGAUAUGUUGCCAGAUGACUUGGUGCAGUAUCUGCAUUCCCAAGUUCAAAUUAACACUGAUUCCUAUGUUCAGACUGAGGACCAAUUAGCAAGUAACCAACGGGACACCUCUCAUUCAGGCGUUUUGGAGGCAAUACAGACAGCAGAGUCAGAUGGGACAUUCCUUGGGUCUCACAGUCUUCAACAGCAGCAGAUAUCAGAGAGGAACAGCCCUAGUAGGCUUCCCAUCCAGUGGAAUGAAGUAAGCUCUGGAAGUGCUGACAGAUCUCCUCAAAAGGAACAAAACCACCAUUCACAGUAUAGAAGGUGGCUUAAUGUAGAACAUGAACCCACAUCGAUACCAUUUGACAAGUUCCGAAAUAUGGUGGUUCACCAGCAGUUGUCUGCUGAUUUCCUGAACAGCUGCUUUCAGGCAAAUCAACCUCAAAGUGUUAACCCUGGGGUGAAACUAGAGACAUCCCCUAACUCCUGCAUGGAAAUGAGAGGCACUAGUCACAACUCUACAAACAUCAUUGGCAGGCCAAAUUUUGUGCAUGUGAACAAAAGGCCUCUUCCUCAAAGUCUGAAACAGCACUUGUCCAGUGGAACACUGAAACCAAGCUACUUCCAGCAGAACAACAACAGUAGCACCUCUUGGCAGGUUGGAAACAACCUAACUCUUAGCAAGGGCUUCAUGGACAAUCUCCCCCAGGAACCUCCUUAUCACGAUCGCCUGAUACAUGUACCUCACCCACCAAUCAAUGGCUCCAAGAACCUAGUCAAAACCCAACAACACUUUAAUUCUGAGAGUUCCAGUGAAAUCCAUUCAAGACCCUGCCAGCCCCAACAACUACAGAGGAGUGGAGAUCAGUGUUCGCUUGCGUAUCAGGUAUCUGGGCUGAAACUAGAAAAUCCAGACCAUGGAUAUAUUGAGCAGGCCUUUGCAGACUGCCUCUCUUAUGAACCAGCAGAUUGCAAGGCAUCAUCAUUCCCUAUCCUGGAGGACCAGAGUUUGCUGGACUCCAUAGCUGUUUCUGAAGAACCAGGUGGAGGCAAUGAGAACACAACUGCCCUUCCCUCCCCAGGUACAAACCAAGUGACCAGCACGGUGAAUGGUCAUGUGCCUGGCAUAUUAGAUGAAGGGGUAAAUUUGGACUUUGGAAACAUGUUGGAGGACAGUUAUGAUCAGGGUAGCCUGGUCUCAGGAGUAUUGAGUCCCUCCAUAUUUCAGGGUCUGUCCAGAACCUCAUCACGCCUUACCACCCCUCGAGCAUCAGCUACUUUCCACAGUGUAGCCCCAGGUCUAAGUAACAUGGCCAUUGGAGACAUGAGUUCACUUCUCACUACCCUCGCUGAGGAAAGUAAAUUCCUGGCUAUCAUGCAAUAGCCACUCCUCUCUGAUUUCUCCUCCUUUGGGAAAAGAAAAUAAAGAAAAACAGAAGCGUAAACCAUUGGUGUAUGUGAAGAUUAAGACAAUAAAAGUGGCAAUUAUUAAAACUUAGAAGUUGCCAAACUGUUUUACUGU